AUGUCCGAGAAAGAGAUCCCUCCACCACCACGAUGGGUGGUCGAACUCAAUAGUCCGCCUCCAUCUCGCUCGAAGAGUGCGUCCAGCUUACCGGACCCUCCUGGCUUCCUAUCUUCGAAGGCGGUCUCCAAGAAAUCUGAACAGAAGACACGCAAGCCGCCUACACAAGAAGAGAUGGAUACAUUAAAGCUCAAGAAGUCGUGGGAGAUUGCACUAGGACCAGCCAAACAGUUGCCCAUGCAGGCAAUCAUGGGUUACAUGUCGGGCAACAGCUUGCAGAUAUUCAGCAUCAUGAUGGUGUUCAUGCUGUUCAAAGGUCCUCUACAGGCAAUUGCGCAAACUAAUUCCACUUUUGCACGACUCGAAGGGGAAAACACGAGAAGUCAGAUGUUGGGCGUGAAAGCUGUGUAUGUGUUGAUGAACUGUCUCCUACUCGCCUUGGGUAUAUGGAAGGUCAACGCUAUGGGACUACUGCCUACAACGAGGAGUGAUUGGCUUGCAUGGGAGUACGCGCGGACGCCACUGGAACGAGCUUAUUUCCCACGCUGA